GAUGCCACGUGGGAGGCGGCGGAGCCGCCGCCGCCGCCGGGCCGGACCCGCGGCCCCGCUGACGCUCGGGACGGCGCUCGCCGGCCGCCGGGAGGAGGGGAGGUCGCGGAGCCCCCGGGACCGCACCGGCAUCGCCGAGACCCGAUGGGUGCUCGGCGCGGUGGCGCCCGGCUCGCGGCUCGGCCUCCCGGGCCUAGAGGCGCUGGCGGCGGCGGCCGGGCCUAGGGGCGGCUCCCCGCCCUGGGCGGCGCCCUCGCUGCUGCAGGUGCCGGCGGCGGCCCAGCCGGCCCCGCGGCGGGACGGCAGCGACCUGCCCGCGGGUGCGCCGGCCGCCCUGGCCGUGCUGCGCCUCCAGCCUGGCGCCGAGGGCUCGGCGCGGGUGGCGGCGGCGGGGGCCGCGCCGCGCCUGCGGACCGUCUACGUGAACCCGCGGUGGCUGGAGCGCCAGGCCGCGCUGGGGGCGGCGGCGGCGGCCGCCAGCCCCUGCGCCGAGGCGGCGGCGGCGGCAGCGGCGAGCGGCGCGGCCGCGGGCCCGGCCGCGGGCCCGGCCGGGGGCCCAGCGGCGGCGGCGGCGGCGGCGGGGCAGGGCGAGGCGGCGGCGGAGGCGCCGGCCACCCCCUACGUGGGGCUGCGGCGGCCGCUGGGCUACAAGCUGGCCAAGGCCACCAAGGAGCGGAUCUGGCGGGGGGAGUUCAUUGACCUCUUUUCCUUGCUCCACACAGAGCUGGCCCCCGAGCACGGUCCGCGCCCGGGGGACACGCUGGACCAGUGGGUCUCAGCCUUCCUGGUGUACGCCAGCGUGCUGUGCGAGAAGCACCCGGCGCGCUGCGGAGCCAUGUUCAAGUACCUGGACACCAUCCGCAAGCUGCACGCCACCUACGGGGGCACCUCCUGGAUGAACUACGACGAGGACUUUAGGCGGCGGGCGGCGAAGAACCCCUCUCUGCCCUGGGGUGACGUCGACCUGGACCUGUGGAUGAAGUGGAUGGCGCCGCUCAAGUCGCUUGUCCCCAGGCACUCGCGGGCUGAGGGCGAGACACAGCCCUCGCCGGCCCCGCCGCCCCCGCCGGCGCAGAGCCCCAAGCAGGAGGAGAAAAGCCAGACUCCAUGAAAACAGAAGGCCAGUUGGGAUGGCAGUCAGACUAAUUGGCUUCAGUCUUGAUGCCUUGUUCCGUGAAGCUGCUGCAAGAGAGAGUCGCUGAAGCUGAGAAACAAGCGAGGAGGGCUGGCUGAGGUGUUUCCUCACAGGUGUAAGAAAAGUGCAAUGAAUGCUACUCAGCUUUCCUAAGUCUGGGAAAUGUUUGUUAUAGCCUAGUUCAUAGCUCACAGUGGUAGAGGGCCAAAAAGGUAAACUUGCUUGUUGCUGUAGCUUAUGUUGCCUAGCAGUGUAUUACAGCAUGUUCUGUGUAUUGAAUGGCAUGGGCAUGGGAAGAUUUAGUUGUGGUAGGAGGUGAAAAUUACUUGACAGACAUGUCCUGGUAAGAUGGCUGACACUCUGGUUUAACCUGGCAAGCCACAGGGAAGUAAAAUAUGUCUUAAUUCUCUUUCAAAAUGCAGAAUUUACUUUCUUGAGAUGGGGGUGUUGCCUUGAGCAUGUGUGCCUGUUUGAUGUAGGGUGAUUAAAAAUAGUGAUGCAAAUGACAGGCCUGGUCAAGCAAGAACCUGAAAGCUUUGAAAUGUUAGCUCUAGAUAGCUUCACCUAUGAGUUUGUUCUGCUCAAAACUACUGGCAAUUAAAUUAACUGCUGUAUUCCUGUUUUAAUGCCUGUGAAGUUGCACCACAGGUUUACAGUGGCAUUACUGAUUAAUUACUUCAUGCCCAACAAUCAAAGGACCUAUUCUUCUGAUUUGUCAUCUCCUCCCCCCCUUCCCCAUCUGUGGGAGAAAUGCCACUGUGAAAAGGAGAGUAAUUUCAGGCAUCUUGGUGAAGGCUGGAGUUCCUUAGGAAGCUUCAGAGGGCCUUUUGCCUGAUCUUCCCCUCUCUGUUGCUGCACGCCUUGAAAACAGGGAGGCCCAGAGUCAAAGAAUCAGCAGUACCUGGGUGGGUCAGUGGAGUGAGCCCUUUGAGAUAGCUAAGGAUGGGAGAGUUGUCAAUAUUUAAUGACUUUCAGCUAUGAUGUCCAUUUUAAGUAUUUGAGGGAAGUAGGAAACACACCCACCCCACACACUAGUACUUACACAGGGCCUCCAGAAAAGGAGUGAAGUCUGGGGCUAGCUUUGAUUCCCUCUUUCCCUCCUUGCCUCUCUGCCAUGCCUGCUGUGGAGGCUUUGGCCGGAGGAAAGAGUCAAUUCAUCACCCCUGUUCCCCGUCACACCUGGGCUGUGGAGUUCAAAGUGGUUCUGGAACAGUUGGUGCUGCUCGGAGAGAGGUGGGGUGAACUGCAGCUGAGGGCUGGUGGGAACAAUAGUGAAAAUUAAGUUAUGCUGUGCCAAGGCUGCACCACAAUUGCCUGAGCUCAUCUUACUCCAGGAGCUGAUGUUAGAAGCAGGAAUUUAGUUGAUGUCUACAAAAGCUGAGUUUUUCAAAUUUGUAAGCAUUGGAAAUUGUAACUACAGAGCUACAGGAGGCUGGAGAAAACAUAGUCAACAGUAAACUAUGGGAAAUACUCUUUACUUGGAAGCCUUUUUCAAGCAGUAAGGAAAUAGCAAAAUCUGCCAGACUGUUGUUUGUCAUGCUUUUUUGAGUAAAGGACAGUCAAUACAGAGAGAUACAUCAGAAAUUAUUGAGAUGCAUUGUACAGCUCAAAUUGUUGAGAUGCAUUGUACAGCUCAAAUUGUUGAGUGUGGCAUAUGAUUAUUUCUUCCUUGUGUUAUUUCUUAUUGCAGUUUCUACUUCAGUCUUUGUCCUAGAAUAACUCUUUUGUUUCUUUCUUUUUUUUUUUUUUUUGACUAGGAGUUCCCAGGGGCAGUCAGUGGCAAUGCCCUGAGUAGAAAUAUUUUAGAGCCCUCCAAGAUACACUCAUGGUUUAUCUUCCAUGUGUGCUCCUUUGCUUUCAUGUAUGCUGGAUUUUACCUCCUGUUGUUCUGUGUAGUUCAAUGGUUUCCCAGGGCCCUUGGCAAUUUCUCAGCGUUUCCUUAAAGAUGACUAUUCAGCCUGCAUAAUUUCCAAACAUCACAGUAUUCCUUUUAAUUUCUUCUGAGUGGAGGUGCUUUCAACAUCUCUAAAUACCUCUGCUAGGUAGUGGGUAAGAGAAGCUUAACUUCUAUGUCCUCGUGUUUAUUUUGUCUCUGUCGUGCCUCGUCCUCUGAGACACUGUGCUGUUCUUUACAGUUCAAGCUUCUAUGUCUCAUGUUUCUAAAACAAAGCUUAGUCACCUGACCUUGGAUGCAGCGUUAUGCCCAAAAAAAUCUCUCAAUCCAUUUUGUUCAAAGUGAAGCUGCUCCUAUGCCAAUUGUAUAAAAAUUAUUCCAAUUGUUCUCAACAGAUGUGUCUCUUACAUUCAACGUCACACCUUGUACAUUUAUUUAUAAAAGUAUUUCCAAUUAAGUGUUUUCAUUGUUGAAGAUGUUAUUUUAAGAAGUUUCACCAUCAGAAAAGUUGUUUCUUCCAGUAAACAGCAAUUUCUAUAAAACAGGAAAGGUCGUGAAAACCCAUCUCAAUUAUUCUAAGAUGUUUUGCUCCUUUUUACUCCAUGAAAGGAAAAUUGAUUAAUCUAGGAAUUUGCACAGAAAUUUCUCUCACUACUGCAAAGCCCUGGAAGGUCAUUAGAAUUGUCUUGUCAUGCAACUUGUUACUGCAUAAAGGUGCGUGUGCUAACAAAUGAGUCUUGGCUUUUACAUUAAUUAAGAUGGCUUGCAUCACAAGUAGGAUGUUUCAAAACAUUUUUAAAUCAGAAAUUUUAAAUAAUUUGUCUUUUUUUUUUUUUUCUUACUUAGAGGAUAACCAAAUUGAUAUGAACCAAUUUCUGGAACUAUAUUUGUAGCUCUAUCUUUAGUUUCUAUUUUGUUGUCCAGCUUGGAGCCAGACUUUUUUUUUGUUAACUUCGAUUUUUUCCUGAUACAAUGGAAAACGGGCUCUGUUUUAUUAUUCCAAACAUUUUGCAAAAUCUCCUUUCAGAGUAGACUUUUCUAAAUUAACCAGUGCAGUUAUUUUCUACUUCUUACAAAACCACAGCUGAAAGGAGCAAUUAAAACACUUGAUUGCUGCUUUAAGCCUGGAAUUUAAUCUGUAUUUAACACAAGUAAGCUCUCAUUUCAAGAUUUGAUGCAGCCAAUGUUAAUUGUACUUUUGGGUGUGUGCAGACUGUAGGAUCUGGUGCUUGGGGAUUUAGAAAUCACAGGCUCUCGUACAAGUGAUUCCAGAUGGGUGGAUUUUUCCUUCGGACACUUCUGGCUCUUCCCAAGACAUAACUUGUACCAACCAGUUCACACUUGCAACAUGAUGCCUCUCAAGAGGCAUUUGGUGUCGCUAGGCUGUAUCCUGCACCAAAUUUCUCUCAUCCAGACUUGCCAGCAGAAUAAUACUUACCAAUACAAAAAGAAACACGUGAAAAAUCCCUGGAGGUGACUCCCUGCAUACUCCCUGCAGUUUCAUUGUCAUUAUAGGAGCAGGGAGGUGCUUGGUUCAGAGACAGCUGAGCUGAUCCUGGUGUUAGGUACCGCAGAGCUGUGGCAGCAUCCUGGUGAUGUAGGUCUGGCAAGUCCGAGUCCUUGCUUGCUAUAAACAGUGUCCCCAGCAAGACAAAAACACGAAGGAGGUGAACUGGUGCUCAUCUGUCGCUUUUAGACAAGACUCUGUAAGGUGAACUACAGAGCCAGGAUUUACUCCCAAAGCAGUUUAAGCAUAGGACAGCACUGGGUCCGAGUCACACCAGUCCCAACCACGGCAAUGAUUAAACCUGCAUCUGACUAAGUUUAGCGCUGUCAGUACAGAAGGCCAAAGCAUUAUGCCUGCCUACCUUUACUCCCUUUGUCCCUAAAAUAUAAAGCUAAGUUUACAUAAAUAUGUAAAAUAUAUAAAUGUAAAGCUGAUUUCAUCCACAAAUGUUAAAUAAAUGUCAAUGGUCUAAACAUAAAUAAA